AAGCAAAAUACAUUCUGGAAAGUUCGACAGUCCAGACUUUCCAAAGAGGUUGGCAGAAAUUCCUUCAAUUGUCUAAUCGUAAAGCAGAAUCAAACCGACCUUCAUUUGGUUUUCCAUCAUUUCGUCUGGCCGGCCGCCCACCCACUCCUUUUUGCUGUCAGCUCAAAUCCUCCUCGACUCCCCGAAGGUAUGCGUGCUUCUUAAGCUCUUUGUCUCCCUCCUGCUACCAAGAAACCUUUUUUUCCCGUUUCUCUUCAGUAUAUCUGCUAUUUCCCCCUCUUGUGAAUCGGUUUCCAAGUUUUUCGUCACCAUAAAGAAUGGCAGAUACCGAGGACAUUCAGCCUCUCGUCUGUGAUAAUGGUACUGGAAUGGUUAAGGCUGGAUUUGCCGGAGAUGAUGCUCCAAGGGCUGUUUUCCCCAGUAUUGUUGGUCGUCCUAGACACACAGGUGUUAUGGUGGGGAUGGGACAGAAAGAUGCCUAUGUCGGGGAUGAGGCCCAGUCGAAAAGAGGUAUUCUCUCAUUAAAAUACCCUAUUGAACACGGAAUUGUUAGCAACUGGGAUGACAUGGAAAAGAUCUGGCAUCAUACUUUCUACAAUGAGCUUCGUGUCUCUCCUGAGGAACAUCCUGUGCUGCUUACUGAAGCACCCCUGAAUCCUAAGGCCAACAGGGAAAAGAUGACUCAGAUCAUGUUUGAGACCUUCAAUGUCCCUGCUAUGUAUGUUGCCAUCCAAGCAGUUCUUUCCCUCUAUGCUAGUGGGCGUACUACAGGUAUUGUGCUGGACUCUGGUGACGGAGUCAGUCACACAGUUCCCAUCUAUGAGGGUUAUGCACUUCCACAUGCCAUCCUCCGGCUUGACCUUGCUGGACGAGAUUUAACAGAUUCCUUGAUGAAGAUCCUGACUGAGAGAGGGUAUACUUUUACUACAACUGCUGAACGGGAAAUUGUACGCGACAUCAAGGAGAAGCUUGCCUAUGUGGCACUUGAUUAUGAACAGGAACUUGAAACUGCUAAAAGCAGCUCAUCAAUUGAGAAGAGCUACGAACUACCUGAUGGUCAGGUGAUUACCAUUGGAGCAGAGCGUUUCCGUUGCCCUGAGGUCCUAUUUCAACCAUCAUUCAUUGGAAUGGAAUCGCCUGGAAUUCACGAGACCACCUAUAACUCUAUUAUGAAGUGCGAUGUUGACAUUAGAAAAGACUUGUAUGGCAACAUUGUCCUCAGCGGAGGGUCCACUAUGUUCCCGGGAAUUGCUGAUCGAAUGAGCAAGGAGAUCACAGCCCUCGCACCAAGCAGCGUGAAAAUUAAGGUGGUAGCACCUCCAGAGAGAAAGUAUAGUGUUUGGAUUGGAGGAUCCAUAUUAGCUUCACUGAGCACAUUCCAGCAGAUGUGGAUUUCUAAGUCUGAGUAUGACGAAUCAGGCCCGUCCAUCGUCCACAGGAAGUGCUUCUAGACAUGUGAUCAUAUCGUCUUCUUCCCCACUUGGGUUUGUGUGGUUUCGGAUUGUCAGAUAGCGUUUAUUGUGUGAGCUUGGGGUCCGUCAUCUCUUUUGUCAUCGCUUUUAGAUUGCGUCACAUAUGAUAUAGUAAGAACGAUAGUUCUUAAGUCGGAUCAGUAUAUGCAGUUGUGCUGUUUUUUGUACACAUUGUUUAUGUGGUUUUAAAGUUUGUUGAAAUGGAAUAUUAGAUACUAAUUAAAUAAUUAAUGAUGUUGUUUUGGAUUAUUAA